UUUUUUUUUUUUCUUUUUUUCGGAGCUGGGGACCGAACCCAGGGCCUUGAGCUCGCUAGGCAAGCGCUCUACCGCUGAGCUAAAUCCCCAACCCUUGAACUUUUUCUCAGAUAUUUGAAUAUCCAUUUUUAGCUGUUCUGACACCUGCUGAGGGGCUUUGGGGGCUUCUAUACAAUGGAAGCUCUACAAGUGCAUGGGACUUUGGUCUGUUGGUCCUUGAGAUGUUGCAGCCCCUGAAACAGUAUCUAUUCCAUAGUAUGUGUCCAAUAAAUGUAUCAAGUGAACAUAUUUCCAAAGCUGGGGAAAUGGCACAGUGAGAGAAGCCUGAAGAUCGGAAAGCCACGGGCUUUAGUUGCAGGUACAGGAAAGGCUAAUAUUCGGAUCAAAUCUUCUGUGGGGGCCUAGUAUGUGCAAGCUACUGAAUUUGGUGCUGGGAUUCCGUUAAAGAAAAGCAAGUCAUGCUCAGACGUCAGUUGUAAGGCAGGGCUGCGGAGGUAACGAGUACAUUUUUUCAGUCUGAGCUGCUUUGAAAUCAUCUUGCUGCUCAGAAGGUAGCGAGCUCAGCGGGACUGCAAUGCUCAUGCAGGGCAUAGGCCGCCCACCUGUCAGAGGCUGUGCCAGAAGGACGCGAGGGAGCAGCGGGGGGAGCUCCACCUUGGCUGAGGUCACUUCCCACCCCCAGAUUCUCUGCCUACAAAACCCUGCAAUUCUCUGACGCUGUAGACUCGGGUCUUAUUAUUUUCUGACUUUCAAGGUCUCAUGAUCCUGACAGCCCCAAAUGCAAGUCUUCACUUUGCCCACGCCCUAGGACCCAAAAUUAAAACAAAGCAAAAAAAAAAGUGAAUUCUACAGAGUAUCGUCAGUAGGUGGCUGAGAGUAGGCAGUGUACCCUUCCCCACCUCGAAGAAGCUAUCGGGGCACAGCUCAGACGCUGGGGUGUCAGGGACGUCGCGAGACUGAGGUCCGAGACGUCGCUGACAGCGCCGGAACACGUGACUGGCUGUCGGGCGAGCAGCCCGCGGAGCUGGGCCCGGCCUGUCACGUGAUGAGGGGGCGCCAUGGGGUGAUGUGAGAUACGAGGCUCUCAGACUGCGUGCAGAUGACGCAUUCCCAACCCUUUGGGCAACUAGAUUUCAGUUCCAAUAUGAGAUGUUCCGGUAAAGGAGGGGGGAGGGCGGGCUCUGGAGCCUGGCAGCCUCGCUUCCGUUCCGCUGCAACUGCUGCUUCCGACCUCCGCCUUUCCCUCUAGCGAGGACGAGACAAGGCCUCGCGCGCAUGCUCCGAAUCAUCCUCCGAGGGGCGGGGUUGCAGUCGCGGGAGCAGGAUGGGGGGAAGAGAAGGGAAUUCCAACCUGUAGAACUUUGGGGGUCCUAUGGUCGGGUUCUUCCCCACCACUGUGGAUGGUGAAAGGGGUGUGGCCUUUGGCGGCUCCUGGGGGUAUUGGAGUUCGCAAGGUGAGGGAGGGGGUGUCAAGUGUGAGAGAGGUGCAGGACUUCCAAAUUUAGAACCUUGAGGCCCUUUGGGCUCAGGUCCAGGGCACUCCGGCCACCAUGCGCGACAGGACCCAUGAGUUGAGGCAGGGGGAUAACAUCUCAGACGAUGAAGAUGAGGUUCGAGUCGCGUUGGUGGUGCACUCAGGUGCCGCCCGGCUGAGCAGCCCGGACGACGAGUUCUUCCAGAAGGUGCAGACAAUUCGGCAGACUAUGGCCAAACUGGAGAGUAAAGUCCGGGAGUUGGAGAAACAGCAGGUCACCAUUCUGGCCACGCCUCUUCCCGAGGAGAGCAUGAAGCAGGGCCUGCAGAACCUGCGAGAGGAGAUCAAACAGCUGGGGAGAGAAGUCCGGGCACAGCUAAAAGCCAUAGAGCCCCAGAAGGAAGAAGCUGAUGAGAAUUAUAAUUCAGUCAACACAAGAAUGAAGAAAACCCAGCAUGGGGUCCUGUCCCAGCAGUUUGUGGAGCUCAUCAACAAGUGUAACUCAAUGCAGUCCGAGUACCGAGAGAAGAACGUGGAGCGCAUUCGGCGGCAGCUGAAGAUCACCAAUGCUGGAAUGGUGUCUGACGAGGAACUGGAGCAGAUGCUGGACAGUGGGCAGAGUGAGGUGUUUGUGUCUAAUAUACUGAAGGACACACAGGUGACCCGGCAGGCCCUGAAUGAGAUCUCUGCGCGACACAGUGAGAUCCAGCAGUUGGAGCGCAGCAUCCGUGAACUCCAUGAGAUCUUCACUUUUCUAGCUACCGAGGUGGAGAUGCAGGGAGAGAUGAUCAAUCGUAUCGAAAAGAACAUUCUGAGCUCAGCAGACUAUGUGGAACGUGGGCAAGAACAUGUCAAGAUAGCGCUAGAGAAUCAGAAGAAGGCGAGGAAGGUAAGCCUGGCCUCUGACCCCAGCCUUGGGCACGCCAGGGUGACUUUCCAUGACCCUACCUCUCCCACAGAAAAAGGUCAUGAUUGCCAUCUGUGUUUCUGUCACUGUUCUCAUCUUGGCUGUCAUCAUUGGCAUCACCAUAACCGUUGGAUAAUGUCACAUGUUCUUGGUGAGAUAUGGCGGGCCUGCCCCAUCCCUGGCAACAGCCUUCCCACCUCCUGUCAGACCCAUUUCUUUCUCCUUCCCUUGCAGGCACUGGGAGAAACAGAGACCCAGCAUUUGUGGAGGCAGGGCAGGCCUCCAGCUGGACCCACCCUCACACUGGCCCUUGUGCAGAAGGGCAUAUGGCUCUUCUGGGUUGGCAGCUGCUCGUUCAUGGAGUCCUUCCCUUCAGGCCACAAUGCCUGGGAGAAAGUUUCCAAUGUCCUGUUUGUCUGGGACAUAUGGUUUUAUAAAAAAUUAAAAAAACAAAAAAACAAAAGACCAGAAGCUUGGAGCCAGCUGUGCUUGUGUGUUCCAGGAAAGACUGGCCUAGGCCUCCAAGUAUGCAUUCUCCUUUCCCGUGGCCAUUGCUGACACUGGCCCAGGCUAGCAAGCUCAGACCAGACUUCUCUAGAAGAGCAUCCAAGGGUGGGUGAGGUAGGCAGGAAGAGGCAGCACUCACAGCUGGGACUACAUAUCUCUAAAGUGAGAGGCUACCUAGCUCAAUGCUGGGACAUGGGUAAGGUAUAUACGUGAGAGAUACUGGGGCAUUUCUGAGAGGAAGAGACAUCUUGAGAAACACUUACACAGACAGGAAGAGAAGUUCCUAGUGGGGACAAUGUUUGUGUGGAAUGUCAAAAUGUAAUGGAAACAGGCAGCAUAAGAAAUUGCCUAGCAUGGGGUUGGGGAUUUAGCUCAGUGGUAGAGCGCUUGCCUAGCAAGCGCAAGGCCCUGGAUUCGGUCCCCAACUCCGAAAAAAAAAAAAAAAGAAAAAGAAAGAAAUUGCCUAGCAGAGGAACCAGCCGGCCAGGUCCCAUGAGCAGAGAUGGGCAUAGCCAUUUGUAAGAGGAGUCCUUAAGAGACUCAUCACCUCACAGUAGCUAUCUGGUUUAUGGGGAUUAGCCAGUGGAAGCAGGCAGAGGAGUCCAGAACCUGGUUUUUUACAAGGCACAUGAGAUAUAGGCCCUGAUUCUGUUUCAAGACCAGCCCGGUCUACAUAGCAUAUUCCAGGCCAUUCAGGGCUACAUAGAAAGACUGUCUUGAGGGUGAGGGAGGGAGAAAUAAUUGUGUAGCCUGGCAUGGUGGCACACCUUUAAUACUAGCACUCGGGAGGCAGUGGGUGGAUCUUUGUGAGUUCAAGGCCAGCCUGUUGUAUAUAGUGAGUUCCAGGACAACAGGACUACAUUGAGAAACUCUGUGUGUGUGUGUGUGUGUGUGUGUGUGUGUGUGUGUGUGUGUGUGUGUGUACAUAGCAGCAUACA